AUGGUCCAAUCCUCAGCCUCGUCAGCAUUGGCCCUGCCCCGCUUCUUACUAAGUCUCUCAGCCUCCUCCACUUCAUCACAGCAGCUUCACGGCCCCGCCAAUGAAGCCGACGCAUGCUCACGCAUUGCUCCCGCGUCGCCGCCCGAUUCUGCCUGCCGGAGCACUAGCCAAGACAUAGAGCUGGUGGCCCUCCAUCCCUGGAACACUCCUUCGGCCGCUGCGGCUCCUCGUAUCGUCAAGCACAAGCGGGCGUCCUUGUCACUGCCCGCCGUGUCGUCGCCGUCCGCCCUGCCGGAGAGAAAAUCUGCAUCUGCUUCGUCAGGCAAGGAUCUUCUUCAACUUGCAAGCCGCCGCAGCUCGGCUAGCUUGGAGCUUUCGGCAGCCUCGACUACUGAUUCGCCGAAGAGGGGCAUGACCCCAAUUGAGCGCCAGAACAAGGCCAAUCAAAUCUGGAGAGGCUGCUGGAUAAAGAAGACCAAGAUGGCUUCACCAAAUACCCUGACCAAGCAACAAAAAUUCAGAGGCGGCGUCUGGGCUGUGGCCUUUGCCGCCAUCAUCAUGGUUGGCACCCUAACCGGCGCACAGCUCAAGUCGGACAAGCAGAAAGAGCAGUCCAUCAAGGAGUUCCGCCAAAUUACUCCCAGUGAACAGAUCGCCAUGCUCGAGAAGCAGCGAAGCACUCUUGUUGAGCAAAGGUCAGUCUUGCAGAAGAAGCUGGACGUCUUCAGGGAGCGUGUCCAAGAGAGGCGGCAAGAGCAGGAGAAUUCCAAGAAACGAUAG